AUGGACGUGUGGGGCCCAGCCCGCGUCCGUGGACAGGGUCAGGAGAGGUACUUCCUGAUCGUUGUUGACGACUACUCGCACUACACCACGGUCUUCCCCUUGCGCACCAAGGGUGAGGUCCCUGAUGUCUUGAUCCCUUGGAUCCGCGCUUCUCGUCUCCAGCUCAGUGAGCGUUUCCACUCGGACUUUCCUGUCCUGCGUUUGCACUCUGACAGAGGUGGUGAGUUCUCCUCCGACCUCUUGGCAGCCUACUGUGCGGAGCACGGCAUCCGCCAGUCGUUCACGCUUCCGGCCUCUCCACAGCAGAAUGGGGUUGCUGAGCGCCGCAUUGGCUUGGUCAUGGAGGUCGCUCGUACCUCCUUGAUCCAUGCGGCUGCCCCCCACUUUCUGUGGCCGUUUGCGGUCCGAUACGCUGCGCAUCAGCUCAACCUCUGGCCCCGUGUCUCCUUGCCGGAGACUUCCCCGACACUGCGUUGGACGGGAGAGGUUGGCGAUGCGUCGCGUUUUCGGGUCUGGGGUUCUCGAGCUUUUGUUUGCGAUACGUCCGCGGACAAGCUCUCCUCCCGCGCUGUUCCUUGUGUCUUCCUUGGCUUUGUCCCGGACGCGUCUGAUUGGCAGUUUUACCACGCCACCUCGCGCCGUGUCCUGCCCUCUCAGGACGUCACUUCUGACGAGUCCGUGCCCUACUACCGCCUCUUCCCCUACCGCACUGCCCCGCUCCCCCCCCCGCCUCUCUUCCUCGCGCCAGGUGCUGCUGUGGUAGACCCCCUCCCCCCUCAGGGUGCCGCUCCCUCAGGUGCUGCUGGUGCUGGAGGUGCUGCUGCUGGCGGUGCUGCUGGUGCUGCUGGAGGUGCUGCUGGUGCUGGUGCUGCUGGAGCUGCUGGAGGUGCUGCUUCUACUGGAGGUGCUGCUGGUGCUGCUGACGCUGCUGGAGGUGCUGCUGGUGCUGGUGGUGCUGCUGGUGCUGCUGGAGCUGCUGGAGGUACUGCUACUACUGGAGGUGCUGCUGGUGCUGCUGGAGCUGCUGGAGGUGCUGCUGCUGCUGGCGGUGCUGCUGGCGCUACUGGAGGUCCUGGGGGUGCUCGUACUGGAGUCUGA